CGCGCCGCACUUCGUCGUCCCCAAACGUCUUCCACUCCAUCAAUGGCGAUGAUGCCUCCUCCUCCGGCGCCGGCGCCGGCGCCACCCGACUCCUCCACCACCGACCUGAUCACCACCAUCACCUCCAUCCUCCUCUCCUCCCAAUCCCCCUCCUGUCCCUCUCUCUCCGAAUCCCUCUCCCCUUAUCUCCCCCGUCUCUCCCAUUCUCUCAUCCCUCUCAUUAUCUCUGCCGCCGCUUCCUCCCCCUCCCUCACCUCGCCGGCACCCCUCCUCUCCUUCUACCACCUCUCCAAACCCCUCCACCCCUCGCCGGCGCUCCUUCUCCCCUCCCUCCUCUCCCUUCUCCCCUCCCUCGUCCGUUUCCACAAGUUCUCCGACGUCAAAUCCCUCCUCCUCUCCUUCAUCCCCUCCGAUCGCAACCUCCUCCUACAUCGCCACCUCCUCCGCCCUCCUCGCCGCCCUUCCCGCGCCCUCCUCGACACCGCCAUCUCCUCCUAUAUCACAGCUGGCUUUCCCCACCUCGCCGCGCAGCUCUUCCACUCCAUGCGCCGCCUCCGACUCCGCCCUUCUCUUCUCACCUCCCACUCCCUCCUCCGUUCAUUAUCACUCCCCCCUUCCUCCCCCUCCCUCCCUCUUCUCCUCUUCUCCGACCUCCUCUCCCUUGGCGUCACCCCCACCACCACCACCUUCAACAUCCUCGCCCACAGCCUCGUCUCCCGCUCCCUUCUCUUCGAGGCCCUUGCCCUAAUCCCCAAAAUGUCCGGCUUUGACCUCUCACCAGACACCAUCACCUUCAACACCAUCCUUGACGGCUUCUGCAAGAAGGGCAUGCUCAAGGAGGCGAGGGACCUGCUUGCCGACAUGAAAUCUCGCGGCCUCACCCCUGAUCGCUCCACCUACAACACUCUCAUCUCCGGCUACUGCCGUCUUGGCUGGAUCAAGGAAGCGACCGCUGCCAUUGAGCUCAUGACUCGGAGCAACUUCCUCCCUGACGUUCGCACCUACAACAUGCUUGUCGCCGGGCUCUGCCGGGAGGGACAAUUGGAUGAAGCUCUCCGGUUGAAGUCCGAGAUGGAGAAACUCCAGGUAUUGCCUGACAUUGUUACUUACAAUACUUUGAUCAAUGGAUGUUUUCAUUGUGAUUGUGGGAGUAAAGCUGGGAACUUGCUUGAGGAGAUGAAAGAGAAGGGAAUGAAACUGAGUUUGAUCACUCAUAAUAUUAUGGUUAAGGGGCUCUGUAAGGAUGGUAGGAUGGAUGAUGCUGUUGAACAUUUGAGGAGGAUGGAGGAGGAGGAAAUAGCUCCGGAUCUUGUCACUUAUAAUACUCUGAUCAGUGCUAGUUGUAAGGUUGGGGAGAUGAGUAGAGCUUUUGAAUUGAUGGAUGAAAUGGUUGGGAGAGGACUCAAGAUGGAUACUUUCACUUUGAAUACUGUUCUGCUUAAUUUGUGCAAGGAGAAGCGGUUCGGGGAAGCCUUGGACUUGCUAAGGAGUCCACCGAAGCGUGGUUUUGUGCCCGAUGAGGUUAGCUAUGGGACUGUCAUUGCUGCUUUUUUCAAAGAGGAUGAUGUAGACCAAGCGAUGGAGCUUUGGGAUGAGUUGAAGAGCAAGAAGAUAUUGCCGAAUGUGGCGACUUAUAAUACCAUGAUUAAUGGACUUGGUAGACAUGGAAAGAUGAAGGAAGCUAUCAAAAUGUUGAAUGAGCUUGUGGGUAGAGGAUUGGUUCCGGAUGAGACGACUUAUAAUACGCUCAUUCAUGCUUAUUGUAGACAAGGGGAUUUGGAGAAAGCAUUCCAGUUUCAUAAUAAGAUGGUUGAGAAUUCAUUCAAGCCAGAUGUUGUCACAUGUAAUAUACUUAUGUAUGGGUUGUGCAAUCAUGGUAUGGUGGAGAAGGCUCUGAAGCUCUUUGAGACAUGGAUGUCCAAAGGGAAGAAGGUUGAUGUGAUAACAUACAACACUUUAAUGCAAGGGUUGUGCAAAGAGGGGAAGAUAGAUAUUGCUUUGGAGCUUUUUACUGACAUGGAGAGAAAGGAAUUGGUUCCUGAUGUUUUCACCUACAAUGUGAUCUUUCGUGGUCUUUUUGAAUCAGGAAGAUUAGAAGAAGCACAAAAUAUGUUGUCCGAGUUGGUUGAAGCUGGAAAAUUGCCUGAGCAAUUCGUCAUCCCUUUGCCAGGACAAACUUCAUCAUCAGAUAAUGUAACUGAUACAAAAGAAGCUACCACGCUUGAUGAUGUGCAUAAAGAGGAUACCGAGGCAAACCCCUCGACCAUCUAUUGUCAAAAUAUUAAUGAACUAUGCAGCAAUGGACAAUUCAAAGAAGCUAAACAUGUUUUGGAUGAAAUGGUACAGAAGGGUUUAACUAUUAGUAGGUCUACCUACAUAACAUUGAUGGAUGGGUUUAUCAAGAGACAAAAGAGAUUGACUAAAGCAGCUUAGUGAAUGGACUAUCAAGGAUGUUCCAAAUCACAAAGGCAUUUACCAGAUUUAUUUAGAUAUUUAUAGACUGAAAUUAAGUGGGCAGCUACCUCAUUCUCAGAACUUCUUCAAGUGAAAGGAUAAACUGGGAUACCUGACCAUCUAUGUGAGACUUGAUGUGAGGCUAUGAAGUUUGGUAUCAGGAACCAAACAGCUGUUGACUUGGAAUUUCUUCUUGCCCAACAACCUCAGUGCCUUAUCAAAGAUGGUGGCAAAAGAAUAGGAAGCACCCUAAAUUUGUAGAGAGGAAUUCCCAAUAAUCUUGGGAUGAACAUUGUUGAAUGGUAAUGUUUGUCUUAUUUCAGUAUAAGACUGCUGCAUCAGGAGGGCGAAAGCUUGUUGUUCUUGCUUCAGUGUAAUGAAACUAGAUAUCAAGUUCAUUCUUUACUAGUGGACAAGCAACUGCAGAUGGAGUGGAUUUUUUCUUUCUUACUGAAUUGAUGAAUGCUAAACGAGAGUGGAGUUUUACCUUCCCACAGAUGUGCAAUAAUUGAUUUUUAAAGCAGUCAAUUUGUCA